AAGACGAUAAAUCUUUAGCUCUCUCCACAGAUUCUUGAUCAGCUUCAGGACUCUAACUGGAUUACGUUAAGAUUACAUGUUGAUGAAAUUAAAAGAUCGCUCAAACCUUAAUAUGCCAAGGGUAUGAAUAGUUUUGGGAUCAGAAAAAUGUUCUCUGUGUAACUCUUUAGGUUUUAUCUUAGACAGUUUAUAUGGUUAUUUUCCAUGUAACGUUCCUUCAAAUAUAUUAACAUUUUUAUCCUUGUUAGCAGCUGUAUCUGAAGUUAGAAACCUGAUUUAUGGGUAACACUUAAAUCAAGCUUUGGAGGCAAAGUUUGACUCACAGACUGAAUGGGCUGAAGACCUUUAGAAAUAGAUGCUAAUGUUAAACAUAAAGACAUUUUGAGCUUCUACUGGUUGAUAAUCUCGCCAAAGACACGUGUCUCUUACCGUGCUGAGCUGUAAAUCUAUUAUAUUUGAUUUAUUUUUGUAUUUCAUGGCUCUAAUAUUGACAACAAUUUGGUAAAAUAUGAAUAUUUAUUUUGACUUAAAAACGUCAUAUAUCGCUGGAAUGUGGUAAUUUCAGCUAAAUCAAACUCAAAAUCGCACACAGGGAAAAGACAACAAUUUGGACAAAUGUUUUGUCAAUGUGAAAGACUCCAAUUCUGGUUUCUGACCAUAAUGUUGCACAUAUAUGAUCAUUAUGUAUAAAACCAAACCCAAUAAAACUUAAUCUUCCUCUCAUAUGAGUCGAGUACACGGUUCAGCAAAAUAGAGUUCAGCAAACUUCACGCUUGCAAGACGAAGUGAAGUUCAGAAUCAUCUGAAAAUCAGUGCAGAUAUUAACUCAUACACCAUUUUCUGUUUUAAAAUGAAUCAGACGGCUUUAAAAUGAACAUCAAAAACUUUGCUGUGAUUAAAAUCCGACCAGGGCCUCGUGUCGGUCCAAAGCACCAUGCUGUGCUGGGCAAUGGUGUCAUUUGAUAGGGAGGUUGAAGGUUGUCGUGCCUCAUGGCUGGAGCGGAGGGGACAGGACGGGGAGGAGGCGGAGGGCUUCACGGAGGAUCCAAUUUCAACAGGACAGCGUUCCUAAAACAUUUCGUGCUCUGAGGGACAGGGCACGAUCCUGGAUGUUCCUUGAGCAAACAACCGGAGGCAGAGGUUGUGACCAGCCUGAUCCGGGGGUCUAGCUGGACACAGCGGAUCGCCGUGCCGGCUGAACGCAGACAGCCAAGCAGGGAUUUUGUUUAUGUGACAUACAUGAUGACAGGGGGGAAGACAGACUACCUGAUGAGCAGCAGGAGGCGAAUUAUGUGAUUCUUCAUCCUCCCAUUAGUGUCUUUCAGCAGCUCUCUUUCAAAAAUAACCGGGUCCACUCUUAAGUCCAGUCGCUCUGCGAAGUCUCAGGAGAGGGGUUGGCAGGGAUGGAAAGCGGGGACCCAGAGCCAUAUGAAGAAGGAGGCAGGGGGAACGAGGGGAACACGGAAAAGGACAAGCACCUGAAGAACCAGCUCAACGUUGAGGAAAAGGGAGAGAAGGAGAACAAUGGGAGCGACAACGAGAAGAAGAGAGAGUGGCGGCGUUCCGGGCCUCUGUGCAGGAACGGCUGGGCUCUGAGUGAACGGCUGGCCAUCAACGUUUCGGGAAUGCGCUAUGAGACCCAGCUUCGCACCUUAGCCCGGUUCCCCAACUCCCUGCUCGGGGAUCCCAGGCGGAGAUCCAGGUACUUUGACCCACUUCGAAACGAGCUCUUCCUGGACCGCAACCGAGCCUGCUUUGACGCCAUCCUCUACUUCUACCAGUCAGGGGGGAGGCUCCGCAGGCCCGCUAACAUACCCCUGGACAUCUUCAUGGAAGAGCUGAUGUUUUAUGAGCUGGGAGAGGACAUCGUGAACCGCUUCAAGGAGGACGAGGGCUUCCCUAAGGAGGAGGAGAGGCCCCUGCCAUCCAAUGAGGUCCAGAGAAAACUGUGGAUGUUGUUUGAGCACCCCGAGUCCUCGUCUGGGGCGCGUAUCAUCGCCAUCAUCAGUGUGAUGGUGAUAGUAGUGUCCAUUCUCAUCUUCUGCCUGGAAACCCUGCCUGACUUCAAGAAAGAGGAGUACCACUCCCCGGUCAAGAACUCUUCUGCGAACAUGCCUCCCCCACCAAGUGUUUUCAAUGACCCCUUCUUCAUGGUGGAGACCAUGUGCAUUUGCUGGUUUUCCUUUGAGCUCAUCAUGCGCUUGUCUUGCGCCCCCAGCAAGAUCAGCUUCUUUAAAGAUGUCAUGAACAUCAUCGACUUCAGCGCCAUCCUGCCCUACUUUGUCACGCUGGGAACUGAGCUGGCCAAAGAUGAUGAUACGUCUCCUACCACAUCCUUGGCCAUCAUCAGAGUCAUCAGGCUGGUGAGGGUCUUCAGGAUCUUCAAGCUGUCCAGGCAUUCAAAAGGCCUCCAGAUCCUCGGUCAGACACUGAAGGCCAGCAUGCGUGAGCUGGGCCUGCUCAUCUUCUUCCUGUUCAUUGGGGUCAUCAUCUUCUCCAGUGCCAUCUACUUUGCAGAAGCGGACCACCACUCGACAGAUUUUGUCAGCAUACCGCACGGCUUUUGGUGGGCCGUUGUCACCAUGACCACAGUGGGGUACGGCGAUAUGUACCCAGCGACGGUGUGGGGUAAAAUGGUCGGCUCCAUGUGCGCCAUUGCCGGGGUUCUCACCAUCUCGCUCCCGGUGCCCGUCAUUGUCUCCAACUUCAGCUACUUUUACCACCGAGAGACCGAAUGCGAAGAACGGACCGAGUACACGCAUGUUCAGACGUCCCUGUGGGAGGAUGAGGAGCCCGAAGGAGAGGAGACCGAGGAAGGGGACGGGGAUCCGGAUCCAGAAUUUUAUGCCAGUGAGGGAAUCUGCAACCCUCUGAACGGGACUUUGCUUGGCGGACUGUGUGCGGGCCAGACGGCCGAGUACACAGGAGGGAACAUGUAUCUGAGGGAGCCGCUAGUCACACAGGUUUAGAGAGCGGGGAUUCUUGGCACCCUUAGACAAAGACACGGGAAGUAAAUAAGCUAAUCCAUGCAAUAAAAGUGAAAGGACUCAGAAGGGACACCUGUAAACUCCAUCUGACACCUUGAGUCGGACAAUCGAAGUUAUAUACCUCCUGAAAAUCGCUGUACUGGCUUAAUAUCAUUUCUAGCCAAACAAGCCGGCUAAAUAUACCCGGAGAUAAGCCUUUUCCACAGAACAGCUCAAACAACCAACUGCUUUCUAUUCUCAGGGUCCUGGUGUAAAAAUAACUCACGCUAACAUUUAGGAAUGCUUCCAGCUUGAGAUGAAACUGACUUUCAGAAAGUAUGUGCCUUGAAAACUAUGACGUCUUAGUUAUUUUUGCCUUGAAGGUUGAAGUGCAAGCAAGAUGAUGACUGUUACGUCACACCAGAACUCAGCCAAACGGCAGUAAAACUGCCUCCGAACAAAGACUUUGGAUCUGAUCCGACUCCACAUUCUCAACGCUCCUUUGUGAAAAGUACUCAGAAACCAAGCUUGUCUGUUAUUUUAAUUAAAUGCUCUGUUUAUGUAUGUGGGUUUGCUAUUCUAUGGCAAAAGAUACCUUUAUUUUAUGCUUUAUUUAGCUUAUUGAUUUGAUUAAAGAUGUUAUUUUAUUAAUGUUCCUGACAGCUAGUGUCAUCUGUAGGCAGUUAACAUGAUUUAAAAUAUAUGAUAUUAAAUGUGUUGACAAAUAUAUUAUUCACCAACUGAUGAUUGUAUUUUUUUUUUAAAUUUUAUGUUAAUGUGAAAAUAAAUGAAUUAAUAAAUACUUUUAGGCUGCUGAUCCUGUGUUUCAUGUCUGGGGUGUUGAGAAAAAUCCCAUUAACUGCCAAAUAUUCAUCACACGGUAACGUUCCAGUAAUGUUUCUCUGUUUGACUUCAGCUCAUCAGACUUUCCGCUGCAUCACCGUGAUGAGCAGAAGGAGGUAUGCAGACUAUUGUAAUGCUGCUGGCGUAGACCGCUUUAGUUUGGCAGUUUAACAUCCCGUAAAGUCCAAACUGAUGAAAUUAGAUUUUUUCUCUUUUUUUUUUGGUGGAUGAAAUCCAGGUCCCUGCUUGCAAAAUAAGACGUCAGUGUGAUUUCCGCCAAUAUAUCAACAUGUUUUAACUGUGUGGGGAAUAAAUGCUAAUUUUCAAAUA